UUUGGCGGGCAUAAAGUCGUUCGUAGGUUCGUGGUCAGAACUGAAUCACCUCUUCCUCGCGCGAAACCAUCUCUCUUGAAUCGAUUGCGUUGUUAGCCUCUUGUUGUACCACUAGCGCUGUAUCCACUGUACCGGCCACCCAGCCUCAUUAUUAGCUUCAUACACGUACCUUAGUAAGACGUUGGUGGCUUUCCAGAACUUCUCUCCCAUCCAACGACACUUCACACUCAAUUCAGUCACAAUGGAUCAGAGCUACGAGAGUCUCAUGUCCAUGAGUGAGCACCGCCCCAUGCUAGUGUCGCCGUAUCUGUCAACCCAGAUCAAUGAGACAGUUUGUAGCUGUCGCUGCGGAUGUGGCUGUAACUGCGCUGGACACGGGAACGAUGGUGAUUACGACCAACGGAGUGAGAGCCAGAGUGAUACAGCAGUCGGGUCGAGUGCCUCUGAGAAUGGCGAACAAUUUUCCACUGGCCAACAUGUGCAUGAGGACGACUCUCAUGGUGAUCGCUUCGACCACUUGGAUGAAAAUAUCCUGUCCCCACGUGCCGUAUCACAGCAUGGACUUGUAUGGCUGCUGGAACAGAUUGGCGAGCCAGCAGUGAGAUGGCAGCGAACGGCUCUGGGUGCACCACUAGGUCGCCAUCUCGAGGAUCCCGUGGACAGCUUAUUCAACGAGGCGCCCAAGACUGAUAGUCGUAGCAAUGCAGUGUUUGAACAUGGACACUUGCAAAGGCAGUCUCCGGUUCCCGGCAUUGAUGCACUGUUUGUCUCAGAUGGCACCGAGGACAUCGAACUUGUCUACUACUUUGACGUCAGACCCCUCCGACUGAGUGCGGAGUUCGAGCACGCACGGGGAGGAGCCAACGAGCAUUUGCUCAUCCCAGAUGAGAACUCCUUAUUAACUUCGAAGCAUUGAUACAUCCAGCAGUCUUUGAGCUUUGCUUUCCACAGUCGCUUAGUGGUCAUGAUCUUCGUCCCAUUUUGGCGUUCAAGGAUGUACUGAACAACUUAUACACUUUGUUGGACGCGGUUGGCGGAUGGGUUAUUAUUUGUACUGUGCGACAUGUGAGCUUAGAAUGAUGAAUAUGAUUUCUUUACAGUAUCACAUGCCUUCCCUGCGUAUACGG